AUGGCCGUGGCGCUGCUCGAGGGCUGGUGCCGCAUCAUGGGCAUGGACGACCAGAAGGCGCUGCUGGUGACAGGCAUCCCCGUGGACUGCGAGGAGGCCGAGGUGCAGGCGGCCCUGCAGGAGGCCUUGGAGCCGCUGGGCCGCCACCGCGUGCUGGGCAAGAUCUUCCGCAAGCAGGAGAACGCCAACGCGGUGCUGCUGGAGCUGCUCGAGGCCCCCGACGCGGCGGCCGUGCCGGGCGAGGUGCAGGGCAAGGGCGGCGCCUGGAAGGUGGUGUUUAAGACCCCGAACCAGGACUCGGAGUUCCUGCAGAGACUCAACCUCUUCCUGGAGAAGGAGGGGCAGACGGUGAGCGGCAUGUUCCGCGCACUGGGCCAGGAGGGCGCGACGCCCGCCACGGUGCCCUGCAUCUCGCCCGAGCUGCUGGCGCACCUGGUGGGGCAGGCGAUGGCGCACGCCCCGCAGCCGCUGCUGCCCAUGCGCUACCGCAAGCUGCGCGUGUUCUCGGGCAGCCCCGCGCCGGCCCCCGAGGAGGAGCCGUUCGAGGUGUGGCUGGAGCAGGCCACCGAGAUCGUGCGGGAGUGGCCCAUGGCCGAGGCGGAGAAGAAGCGCUGGCUGAUGGAGAGCCUGCGCGGCCCGGCGCUGGACCUCAUGCACAUCCUGCAGGCCGACAGCCCCGCGGGCAGCGUGGAGGAGUGCCUGGACGCCUUCAAGCAGGUGUUCGGGAGCCUGGAGAGCCGCCGCACCUCGCAGGUGCGCUACCUGAAGACCUACCAGGAGGAGGGGGAGAAGGUGUCGGCCUACGUGCUGCGCCUCGAGACGCUGCUGCGCCGGGCGGUGGAGAAGCGGGCCAUCUCCCGCGGCAUCGUGGACCAGGUGCGCCUGGAGCAGGUCAUGGCCGGGGCCAGCCUGAGCGGGGCGCUCUGGUGCCGGCUGCGGGAGCUGCAGGAGCAGGGCCCCCCGCCCAGCUUCCUGCAGCUGGUGAAGGUGAUCCGGGAGGAGGAGGAGGAGGAGGCCACCUUCGACAACGACCACGCAGCCCCGGAGCGGGACGACCGGGAGGGGCGCGGCCGCUGGGAGAACAAGGUGGACCACUGAGGAGCAGCCCUCAGGGCAGGGCCUGGGCCGGGAGCCUGGGGUCCGGACCGGACCGGAGCCAAGGAUGGAAAUCAAGGCAAUAGAGCCGAGAAUUUUUUUUUUUUUUUAACAUGGUGAAACAAGGUCUCACCCUCUGGCCCAGCCCAGGCUGGUCUCCAACUCCCAGUCCUCCUCCUGCCUGGGAUUCUCAGUGUGCAUCGUCCUGAAAGCCAACAGAGGCCACACACCUGGAACCCCAACAGCUCACUUGAGAGGCAGAAUGGGAAGGGUGGGGAAUUCAAAGCCAAGUCAGCACUC